AUGUCUCUUGGUUGUCCUAGGGAAUAAUUUAACACUGAAUACUACAAUCUACUGACUGGAUUGGAGCAAAGUUUCUUUAAGGAAGAAGUCGAUUAAAGGGACUUAAUGCAAUUAAUUUUAAGUAUAGCCAAAUUGGUUGAGUACUUUGAUUUGAAAAAAGAUCCCAUAAAGGACUAUUUUUUGGAGAAAAUGCAAUUCAUUCUUUCCAGACCCUUCACUAUUUGUAAUUUAAAAAAGAAAGAAGAGGAGUCAAAGCAUCAAGAAAUGAGAAAGUCACAACACUCUCAUUUUUCUUAAAAUGUGUAAAAGUUAGAAAUGCAAUCCUAAUUGCAGAGUAACUCAGAAGAAAAUGAAGAAACAAUAAAAUUGUUAUAGGAAGAUUAUGAACAGUAACUAAAAGAUUAAACUUUAUUAGUUUAAAUAGAUUUGAACAAUUAGAUGGGCAAAUUUAAAAAUAAGCUUCUUCAUCGAAAAAAUAAAAGUUUGUUUUCCCCUUGCAGAGCAAACGUCGAAGAGGAGAAAAUAAAGAGACAGAACAGAUUGAAGACUUACCAAAGUAGUAAUUCUUAGAAUCCCUAUAAAGAACAUAUAUAUCUUGAUGAUGCAUUUUCAUUUGAGACAUUACAAAAUUAAUGA